GGCUAGGACAAGCACCACUGCUCAGCGGCUAUCAUCAUUUUCCAGUUGCUAUUUCUAGGCUUUCUAGCAUAACAUGUACAGAAUGAUGAGGGUGUAUGAUUCCAUAUGGGGAGGGAAAUGCAGGUAGUGUAUAUGUCUGUACACUCAUUAUUAGAAGACACACUCUACAGUCAGAUCAACUCAUCACGAGAAGGCUACUCAUAGAGUUAUUUUGAGUCCUCGCUUGCUAACACAGCCGUACCAAGAGACACAAGUUCUGGUGUGAUCGAGACAGAAAGAGAGACUAAAGAGAAAGAGAGGGAGAGAGAUAGAGAGAGUGAAUAUAUGUUGAUCCACCUCUUCUCUUUGACUCUGAAGCUUAUGAACAGCUCUCCAAACCUAUACUUCACUAUAAUAGACUUCAACAGGGAAGGUGCCUGUUUUUGAGAGAAAACCCACAGCAAUGUUUCGAUCGAAGAACUUGACGGGGGAACCUCGUGAGUCGAGAGGGGGCAACAUGCUCAAGUCCUUUACUGCCAAGUUUGGGACGGUGCACGUGGCGGAUGUGAUUAAAAAGCUUCCUGAGAAAGUAGUUGCAAUACCUGGUAGGGUAGAAGCAGCUAUGCAUAGGGACUACGAGAAAAUGGCUGCGGACUCAUCCAGGUCGUAUGCUAACGAAAAGACCCCUUCUACUGGAUCAGGAGAGGCUGAUAUCGCAGCUGAUCCAGCAAGUGGAGGAUUUUUCGCCACGGAUUACAAAAAGCAUGAGGAUCUGAAAGCCAUGCUGGAUGGGAAUAAAGAUGGGCUGAAACUGGAAGCUAUGAAGCGCAUUAUUGGCAUGAUAGCUAAAGGGAAAGAUGCAUCAGAUCUCUUCGCAGCUGUGGUGAAAAAUGUGGUCUCUAAGAAUAUAGAGAUCAAGAAGCUGGUGUAUGUUUACCUGGUCCGAUAUGCCGAGGAGCAGCAAGACCUAGCCUUGUUAUCUAUCAGUACAUUCCAGAAAGGGCUCAAGGAUCCCAACCAGCUGAUUAGAGCAUCGGCCCUUCGUGUUCUCUCCAGUAUCCGUGUUCAUAUGAUUGUACCCAUCAUGAUGCUAGCCAUCAAGGAAAGUGUCAAUGACAUGUCACCAUAUGUCCGCAAAACUGCCGCUCAUGCCAUUCCAAAGCUGUAUAACAUGGAUCCAGAACAGAAAGAUCAACUUGUGGAAGUGAUUGAGAAACUCCUGGCUGACAAGACUACAUUGGUAGCUGGGAGUACGGUCAUGGCAUUUGAAGACGUUUGCCCCGAGCGAAUCGACCUCAUCCACAAGAAUUUCCGCAAGCUGUGCAACCUGCUGAUUGAUGUGGAAGAGUGGGGUCAGGUCAUCAUCAUCAACAUGCUUACGAGAUACUCUAGGACACAGUUCCUAGACCCCAACAAAGCCGAUAUGAUACAAGAAGAAGCAGAGCGCUCUUUCUAUGGCUCCGAGCACAGCGACGAAGAUAGCGAUGAGAAAGAAGCAAAGGAAGAUGGGGAGGAGGUCAAGAAGCCGUACAUCAUGGAUGCUGAUCACAGGCUACUCCUACGCAGCGUCAAGCCACUCCUUCAGAGCAGAAAUGCUUCGGUUGUAAUGGCAGUAGCUCAACUCUAUCAUCACAUUGCUCCUAAGAAUGAAGUAGGAAUCAUUGCUAAGCCAUUGGUCAGACUACUCAGAAGCCACAGGGAAGUGCAAUCUGUCGUCCUGAGCAACGUAGCCACGAUGAGCGCCAACCGCAGGGGUAUGUUUGAACCUUUCCUCAAGAGUUUCUUCGUCCGUUCCAGCGACGCGACCCACAUCCGUCUUCUCAAGCUGGAGAUCAUGACCAACAUUGCCAGUGGAACCAGUAUUUCAACCAUACUCAGAGAAUUGCAGACCUAUGUGACCAGUUCAGACAAGGCGUUUGUAGCAGCUACCAUACAGGCCAUCGGGAGAUGUGCAAGUAACAUAGAAGAAGUGACAGAGUCUUGCAUGAAUGGACUCAUGGGCCUCAUGUCAAACAGAGAUGAGGCUGUAGUAGCAGAGAGUGUGGUGGUGAUUCGUAAACUACUACAGAUGAACCCUACAGGUCACAAGGAGAUUAUACGUCACAUGACCAAACUUGCCGACGCCAUCACAGUACCGAUGGCUAGAGCCAGUAUUCUAUGGCUCAUUGGAGAAUAUUCUGACAACGUACCUAAGAUGGCUCCUGAUGUACUGCGUAAGAUGGCCAAAGGAUUCAUCAACGAGGAAGACAUCGUCAAACUUCAGAUUCUGAACCUGGCAGCUAAGCUUUACCUGACCAACUCCAAACAGACCAAACUCCUGCUCCAGUACGUGCUCAACCUGGCCAAGUAUGACCAGAACUACGACAUCCGAGACCGCGCCCGUUUCUUCCGACAUCUCCUCCUCCCCGGUGAUAAGACCACCACAUUCUCCAAACAUGCUAAGAAGAUCAUCCUAGCCACCAAACCAGCCCCUGUCAUUGAAUCCGUCUUCAAGGACCGGGACCAGUUCCAGUUAGGUUCUCUCUCUCACAUGAUCAAUGCAAAGGCCAUAGGUUACAUCGAGCUCCCAGACUUCCCUGAAGAGGCCCCGGAUCCAAGCGCUAGAGUCGUGGAGGAAGCCCUACCUUGGACCAACGAGAAGGAGAAGAGAACCGGGAGUAAGAGUAAGAAGAAAGCCAAAGCAACCAAGUCUUUCUACUCCAGCUCAGAGGAGGAGAGCGAGGAAGAAGAUGAUGAUGAAGAAGAAUCCUCUUUAGAAGAAGCCAGUGAAUCAGGCUCGGGAUCGGAGAGCGGGUCGGGUUCUGACAUCGACAAAGAUGAAAGCAGUGAUGAGGAGGAGAGCGACGAGGAAGACGAGAGUGAAGAUGCGUCGGCGUCAUCGGAAGAUUCUGAGAAGAGCACGUCAGAGUCAUCAGAAGAUUCCUCCAGUGAGGAGAGCGAGUCAGAGAGUGAAGAGGAGAUCAAACCAGUGAAAAAGAAAACACCACAGAAAUCAUCCAAGGAGCAGAAGAAAGGAAAACAGAAAGCUGAAUCAACAAUGCAACUCUUAGAUUUUGGUGACUUUGGUCCACCAGGAGAAUCAUCUCAGCCUGUAACACCUGCAGGACCCACCAGCAUGCUAACUCCUACCCUAGCCAAAGAUCUUCAAGGAUUAUCACUUAGUGACAAACCUUUGAGUUCAGAGCAGAUGUCCCAGAUGGCCAAGGCUGGUGGAGUUAUGUUUCCUUCUAAGGAGACCUUUGAGCUUCUGAAUCGGGUCAACAGUGGAGGUUUAUCAGCGACCUACCGAUUCCCUCGAUCGACCUGUAUCUACUCGACCACUAUGGUGGCUGUAGAGGUCACUUUCGUCAACAACAGUAGCGCCAAGAUACAGAACAUAAGCAUAGGAGAGACCAAGUUGGCAGCUGGUAUGAAACUGCACGAGUUCCCAGAGAUCACCAACCUUUCCGUCAGUCAGUCCACAACGGCAAUCAUUGGCAUUGACUUCAGGGACACAACACAACCUGCCAAUUUUGAGAUCUGUACUGAAUCGCGGAAGUUCAGUGUGACGGUGAAAGCACCCAUAGGAGAACUCUUACAACCCAUCGCACUCAGUGAAAGAGACUUCUUAGGCCAACAAUCUAAGCUUACGGGUAUGAAUGAACACUCCGAUAAGUGCGACAUAGACGCAAGCAACAGAGAAGAGAAAGAUUUGAUCAGGUGUGUGGGUGAGACGGCCAACAUUCAGAUCGUCCCAGCCAGUGAUCCCAGUAAACUCAUAUACAGGUUCUCCGGAAGGACGGUAUCCGCCGGGACGUCGGCCCUGUUGACGGUGCAGGUCUUGAGCGAGGGCAAAGCUAGGAUCACGUCUAACUGCGAGAAGAUGGUGAUUGGUAACAUGCUGGUCAAAGAUAUCAAGAAGGCGCUAGGAAAGGCGUGAUGCCACCCAUAGCUUUAUUUAGGAUUCAAUGCAAAAUACGUGGUUUAUAGGAUUUCAUUCAGUGGGUGUUGUGGUAGAAUAUCGUCAUUUGUGAAACAGAGUUUAU